CAGUUUCAGAAGAGCCUCGGGCGGGAAGGCAGUGCUCACCAAUCCCAUUCCCUAAAAACAACACACGGGGAAGCUCAGUGAGACAUGAUUUCACUUGCACAAUCGGCACAAAGUAUGUAGUAAUAAGCAGCAUGUUGAAAACUAGAAAACCAGAUGAUAAAUCUUUCAUGUGACUUCUUUUUAUAGUGUGAGUUAAUUAAAGGUGCUCCUGCUCAUGAUUUACAGUUACCUUGUGGAUUGUGUAUGUAGGUGGACUGGCUCCAUCACUUGUAACAAACCCGGCACUUUCCUGACCCCUGAGUAGACACAAACAGUCACAGUGAAUUAAAAUGCAAGAGUGUAAAUCAGCGUGAUUAGAGUUUUAUAAUGAGUGAUCCUGCAGAACGGGGUACAAGUCUAAACAUUAAAUAACGUGAUGCUGUCGUCGAGGCUUGAUGGGAGCCUUUAGGCAAACCAAACUGGUUUGAAUAGAGCAGAAAUGAAGCAGGAAUGGAGGGCAGGGAAGAAACGUAAAGCCUCUGUGGAGAUGCUAUAUAGCGAAGAGUCGCCUCGCUGCAGUUUCAGCCCAUUUACCAAGCUGCUUCUCGGAUUACAGUUGGUCCCGCCCCCUCGGCACACAGCUUAAGCCAGUGGUGAGGCUGCUUUUCUGCAUGGAGGCGUUGCUUUCAGGCUUAACCGCCUGGUUGCCUAGGGAACCGGGCAGCAGAGACAGACAGGCUGGGGAAAAGAAAGCGUUUCCAGGUCAGCUCAGACAUGGAGAGAGGAGCAGAAAGACAAAGAGGAGGUGAUAUGGAGGUGGUGCAGGACAAGGGCUCAGUGGAGAGGCAGUGGGCGGAGGCAGAGGUGCUGGCUCUCAUGUCAGUGUGGGACGAGGUCGGAGCUCAGCACGUAGCAGAGAGCAGAGCCACAUUUGAGCUGAUCUCAGAGCGCCUGAGGAGGCUCAGUGUUGUGCGCAGCUGGUGGGAGUGUCAGGCCAAGUGCAGGAGCCUGGGACUUCAGGGCAGGAGGCCUGACGCCGCGGCAGCAGCAGGCACUUCAGCAAACUACAGCCCAGGAGUGGACGGAAGGCCGGUGGAGGGCUGGAGGGAAGAGGUGGCAGAUGUGGGUGAUCAAAUAAGGAUCUACUCUCCCUCUGGCACUAUCCAAAUGCAGGAAGGAAUCAAGAGUCGAAUCCACCCAGCUCUUCCUUACACCCAAGGCGUGGCUGAAGAGGGGGGCCGCCACUGGACAGACGACGAGGUGAGGGCACUGCUGUGCGUGUGGGCCGACCGGCGCGUCCGAGAGCGCUUGAAGUGCACCCUGCGUAACAAGUCCAUCUUCCAAGAGAUGGCCCGUCAAAUGCAGAGGAGCUUCGGGGUGGUGCGCAACUGGAAACAGUGUCGGACGAAGUACAAGAACUUGAAGUACGACUACAAGACGGCGAAGAGUGCGCACGCUGCUGGGGGCAGUGCCGCAGGGGGCCCGGGGAAGUACAUGAAGUUCUUCGAUGAGGUGGAGGCCAUUCUGCUGGACCGCGGACUGGAGAACGGCACCACGGAAAUGCAGAAGAGGUUGUAUGAUGGGGAGGUGGCAGCUGGGAGGCUACAAGCGGGUCACACAGCACAGAGCACGGCCUCAGAGAGUGAGGUUGUCAUAGAAAUCGACGAUGGUAUGUAUUCAUAUUGCCAUGCAUGCAGUAGUUUGAUGUUCAAGGCUUUAAAGGGAGAGCACUUUUUCAACUACUUGUUCAAUUUCCAGAUGACAACAGUGAUGAUUACGAUAUGGACGGAGACAUAUCGGAAGCAAAAUGGAGAGGAGCAGAUGCCCAUCUUACGGACCCAUCCGGCUCGGACCAGAUCCACGUGGUCACGGUGUCGGACACGGGUCGGAACUGGAGUGACCAGGAGGUGCGAGCUCUGAUUCACGUCUGGUCUGACGAGCGCGUGUGCAGGCAGCUGGAGAGCUCGACGCGAAAGCGGGACAUCUUUGUUCAGAUCUCCCACAGGUUGAUGCAGCAAGGCAUCGAACGGGACUGGAAACAGUGUCACAC